UUCACUGUCCUUUGAUUUGGGAAAUUUAGCUGAUUGGCUGGAGGAGAUUCAACACAUGCAGAGCAAGAGCUUUGUCUGAGUUGAAGUGAAGUUGUACAGAUUUUAGGCUGGAGUCAGCAAUCAAGGGUGUUUAGUCUGCAGCAGAGCAGUGAGAGAGAAAGGAUCUCAGAGGGGGAAAAUACUGCAGAUUCAGCAAAACCCUUGCAAUCUAUGGAUACAAAACUGCACGUGAACGAAAUCCUGAUGUGACUUUCUCUUUCUCCUCACAUUGGACUGGGGAGAGCUAAUGACAUUAGUGGGCUGCUGAAUGCUGAUCGCUGCUUGCCCUAAAACGCGGUCUGUCUGUAUAUAGAAAGUUUGGGAGACUUCCUACCAUAUCGAUUGGCCGUAUUUACCACGGGAAUUUGAUUUGAUCUUUAAUGUCAAUCAAUGUAUUCUGACUUUAAAUCGCCAGGAGAAGUUCGAAGGAUUGUAUUUUAAUUAUCUUUUUGGGGGAGAGAUGGAUUGCUGCUUCUCCAGGAGGAAUCGGAUCAGCAGGGGGAUGAACUUGGUUCUACUCUUUACAUGGAUGAUGUGCCUGAACCGGUAUGUAACGUGUAAGAAUGUAAAGUAUAAGAUCUACGAGGAGCAGGCGGUUGGGACCGUGAUAGCCAGGCUCUCGGAGGAUUUAGAAGGCGGUCAAUCCAAGGUACCGAACAUUCGAUUUCGAGCGAUGCAGCGUUCCGUGCUCUCAGUCCGGGAGGAUAACGGGGAGAUAAGCAUCGGGACUAAGAUUGACCGUGAGCAGCUCUGCCAGAAAAAACUAAACUGCUCCAUAGAGUUUGAUGUGAUCACGCUGCCAACUCAACAUCUGCAGCUCUUUCACGUUGUGGUCGAGGUCCUGGACAUCAAUGACAAUGCUCCCCAGUUCUCCAGGGCUUUGAUCCCCCUGGAGAUUUCGGAGAGCGCAGCAGUCGGGACACGGAUCCCACUGGACAGUGCUUACGAUCCAGAUGUGGGUGAGAACUCUCUCUAUACGUAUUCUCUUUCAGACAAUGAUUUCUUUAGGAUAGAGGUAAAGACUAGGACAGAUGGCGCCAAAUAUGCAGAACUUAUUGUGGACAAGCAGCUGGACAGGGAGUUACAGUCCAGCUAUGAGCUUCAGCUCACUGCCUCAGACAUGGGCGUACCGCAAAGAUUCGGUUCCUCCAUCCUCAAAAUAAGCAUUUCGGACUCCAAUGACAACAGCCCUGUGUUCGAACGGCAGUCCUAUGUUAUCCACUUACCUGAGAAUUCUCCUGUAGGGACUUUACUGAUAGACCUCAAUGCCACUGACCCAGAUGAAGGAGAUAAUGGGAAGGUUGAAUAUUCUUUUAGUAGUCAUAUGUCCCCACAAAUUACUGACACUUUUAAAAUAGACAUCGACAAGGGAAAGCUUACUCUAAUAAAGCCAGUGGACUAUGAAACAACCAAAUCUUAUGAGAUUGAUGUGCAGGCCCAGGACUUGGGACCCAAUGCUAUGCCAGCCCUGUGCAAAAUUAUUAUAAACGUUGUUGAUGUUAAUGACAACAAACCAGAAAUCAAUAUUAAUUUAAUGUCUCAAGGGAAGGAGAUUGCCUACAUAUCUGAAGGUGCACCACUGGAAACGUUUGUGGCUUUGGUAAGGGUACUAGACAAAGAUUCUGGCCUUAAUGGAGAAGUGGUCUGUAAACUUCAUGGACAUGGUCAGUUUAAGCUUCAAAAGACCUAUGAAAACAAUUAUUUAAUUUUAACUAACUCUACCCUUGAUAGAGAAAAAAGGUCUGAGUACAGUCUGACUGUUAUAGCAGAAGAUAAGGGGAUCCCAAGUCUUUCCACUGUCAAGCAUUUUGCUGUACAAGUGAGUGAUGAAAAUGACAAUUCUCCACGUUUUCAGACUUACAAAUAUGAAGUGGUCAUUGUGGAGAACAAUUCUCCAGGUACGCACAUUACUUCGGUUAGAGCCACAGAUCCUGAUCAAGGAGAAAAUGGUCAAGUGACAUAUACUAUACUUGAAAGCCUCAUACAAGGACAUUCUAUUACAACGUAUGUAACUAUAGACCCGUCUAAUGGUGCUAUAUAUGCACUUAGGUCCUUUGACCAUGAAGAAACUAAUCAGAUUACCUUUAUUGUUCAGGCAAGAGAUGGCGGAAUGCCUCAACUUGCUACCAAUGCUACAGUUAUACUCACAGUUAUAGAUGAAAAUGACAAUGCUCCUGUCAUAGUUACACCCAUUUUACACAACAACACAGCUGAUGUUUCAAUUCCAAGAGAUGUCGAAAGUGGUGCCUUAAUUACUAAAAUAAAAGCUACAGACAAAGAUUCUGGGAUUAACUCUGAAUUGAACUGUUAUAUUUCAGAGGGAAAUAAAGAUGAUAUAUUUAUUAUUGACCACAAAUUGUGUGAAAUAUACAUAAACACCAGCAUGGAAACCUACACUAAACAAGAAUGGAAACUUUUAAUUUUAGUUCAGGACAAGGGAAGUCCUCCACGCAGUAGCAAGGCACUCCUUAGGUAUUAUUUAGAAAGUCUUCAUGAUGAAUCCAGCUCCCAACCUGAUGAUGUUAAACAAGCCACAGUGGAUGUCUCCAUGAUCAUUAUCAUUUCACUUGGGGCUAUCUGCGCAGUGCUUUUGGUUAUUAUGGUUAUUUUUGCUACAAGAUGUAAUCGAGAAAAAAAGGACAAUCGAUCUUAUAACUGCAGGGUUGCCGAGUCAACUUAUCAGAAUCACCCCAAAAGGCCUUCAAGACAGAUUCAUAAAGGGGAUAUUACUUUAGUGCCUACCCUAAAUGGUACUCUGCCUAUCAGGUCCCAUCACAUGUCAUCCCCUUCGCCCUCUCCAACUUUAGAAAGGGGACAGAUGAGUAGCAGACAAAGUCAACACAGUCGCCAAUCUCUGAACAGUCUGAUGACAAUCUCUUCCAAUCAUGUACCAGAUAACUUCUCUUUGGAACUUUCCAAUGCUACUCCGGCAGUGGAGGUAUCUCAGCUACUCUCAAUGCUUCAUCAGGGCCAAUACCAGCCCAGACCAAGCUUUCGAGGGAACAAAUAUUCCCGGAGCUACAGAUACGCCCUUCAGGAUAUGGAUAAAUUUAGUCUGAAAGAUAGUGGUCGUGGAGAUAGUGAAGCUGGAGACAGUGAUUAUGAUCUAGGGAGAGAUUCACCCAUUGACAGAUUUCUGGGAGAAGGAUUCAGUGAACUUUUCCUUACAGAUGGGCAUAGAAUUCCCCCAGUUAUGAGAUUCUGCACAGAUGAAUGCCGGGUUCUGGGACAUUCAGAUCAGUGUUGGAUGCCUCCUCUACCUUCUCCAUCAGCUGACUACAGAAAUAAUAUGUUUGUUCCUGGAGAAGACCACCAGUCUCACCAACAACAACCACAAAACCACCAGCAACAGCAGACUCAACUUCAAGUCCAGCAACAGACUCCUCUACUAGAAGAUGACAUGAAUACUAUUGACCAGAAUGAGAAGAAAAAGAGCUUUUCAACUUUUGGCAAAGAAUCUCAAGAUGAGGAAUCCGCUGAAACCUGCACUUCAUCUCUUCUUACUGAAAUGAAUAAUGUUUUCCAACGUCUGCUACCUCCAUCUAUAGAUAACUAUACUGAGUGCAAUGAUAUGGAUCGUUCAAACUCAUUAGAACGAAGGAAAGGACAAGUUGCAUCAAAAACUGCAAGUUACCCACAAGGAGUAGCAGCAUGGGCAGCAAGCUCUCAUUUUCAAAACCCUAAUAAUGUUGGAACACCUUUAGGGAACCACUCCAGUGCACAGCCAUCAUCCAAGUGGUUGCCUGCAAUGGAAGAAAUCCCAGAGAACUAUGAGGAGGAUGAUUUUGACAAUGUCCUCAAUCACUUAAAUGAUGGAAAACAUGAACUAAUGGAUGCAAGUGAACUAGUUGCUGAGAUAAACAAACUUCUUCAAGAUGUAAGGCAGAACUAGGACAAUACAUUUUUUCCAUAUUUAAUGGAAAUCUAGAACAAACAAAAAUUAUCUUUUUUUUUGCGAGUUACAUUUAUCAAAAAACAAAAAACAAACAAAAUAAAAAAACAGUGUCUGUGUAUGUCAAAUACUAACUUUUUGAGUGCCAGAUGGCACAAUCACUGCACAUUGGGCCACACGUGUAAAGAUCUCUUCUGAAGUAAAGUUAAUGAAUAGUAGUGAAGUCAUCAGUAGGGAUAUUAGCUUCAGAACUGCAAUAUAUGUGACCCUCAUUGUGUUUCCUCCCCUGUCUGGCACCUAAAAAGUUAUGCAUUUUCACAAAACCAAGUGUGACUAUUGGUAUCUGUAUUUUAAAAAUACAUUUGUAUCUUAUAUUUAUGUGUAAUUUAAGAAAAUAAAUAAAUUCUAUUUUUGUAUUUUGUAUGGCAUGUUUUAAUACAUGUGUAUAUGUUGGGCUGUUUAGUGUAAGUAUAAUUACACCAGUGAGCGCUAAUAGUAGAAUAAUAGAAAUAUUCCUGUGCAAUUCUUAUUCUAUCUUUAUAAUUAGUGGGGAUUAAAAUUUUGAAUGAAAGUGGAGUAAGUAGUACAGUAUAACAAGGUUGAUUAGCUUUAUUAAAAUGUUUACGUUUUAUUAUCACUGCGUAAGCAUUCAUGUUUCUCUACACUGCUGCAAAGUUCUAAAAAAAAAUAACAAUUUUAAAUAUAUUGGCACAAUUUGGAAUAAUGGGGAAGGGACUAUUACACAUUUUGUGGUAAGAUUGCACAUAUAUAUUCAAUGGCAUAAGAUAUCACUCCCACCAAUUACCUCUCCAAAGAGAGGCUAUUUUUUCUUUUAUUGAUGACUAUUUUCCCUAAAAUGUGCAAGCCGAAUAGAAAAUCACUACAAAUCGUUAGUGAAUGGACCCUUGUGUAUAUACAUGUUAUAAUUUUCUAUAAAAAAAAAAAAGAUGGCUGCUCCCAAUAAUUUUUUUUUUUUUUUUUUGUAAAAAUGUUAUAUAUGCAAACAAUACAAUGUUGUUUUGUGAAGAUAUUUACAAGUAAAAUAUGCAAGAUAAAAAUAAAUAUUUAUUAUGUUUAUAUUUUAAACUCUCACGUGUAGAUAUGAUUACCAAUUUAAAUUUUUAGCCUAAAUAAACCCUUGUGUCAUAAUUAUUUUUUUCUCUAUUUCCUGUGAUUAAUUUACAUCUUACAGUUUAUUCAUAUUUUGUGAUAUUUCUGGCAUAAUUAUAAUAUUUAGUCACCAUUUCCAUAAUUACAGCCUUAUAACAAUGAAAUAUUUUUUUCCAUUUUUAAUUAUUUAGGUCUCUUGCUUUUUGCACUUUUAAUACUUUGGACUGGAUUACUUGACCUGUGAUACUAUUAGCACUGGUUUUCAUUUUAUACUUUUCUCUAAUAUGGGGAUACAUAGAGAAUACGGUUAUAUAUUUAUCGCAGGCAAAAUAAUACAGCCUACUACUUUUAAUAUCUACAGUUAAUUUAUUGUAUAUUAUCAUUGCCAGUCCAAAACACAAACAUUUUAUUGUUCAGUUUUUACAUUUGUAUUUCACUUUUUUAUUGCU